UUGAAAGAAGUAUUUUUUGCAUUAAUCCUUGUAGCAGGCCGAUGUAAGUAGUGAAUACCAAAACCUAACCAUUCCCUACUUGUCGCUCCCUGAUUGUAAUUUAGUCUUUCACAGCCAAGUCUUCGCAAGUCCUCGCAGCUCCCAUGGCCAUGGCGAUGGAACUCAAAUUCGGGAAUGUCUUAUCGAUUUCUGCCAUAAUUUUUCUCUGUUUUCUUGGAUCCUUCUGUUCGGCAAACGAUCAAAACCUUCGAAUCACAAAUGCAGAACGCAGAAUCGAUUUGAGUUCUCACAUCAUCAAAGUUUUCCUCACUUUGAAGGUUGAAAAUAAAGGAAUGUCUCCCAUAUCAGAAGUCAUUGUUGCUUUUACUCCAGUUGAAGUUGAUCAUCUAGCAUUGCUUAAAGCCGUUUUACCAGGGGGUAAGAAAAAGAAGAAAACUUACACUUCUCUUGAUAUCAAUCCUAAGCUACCUGAUGGGCCAAAUGGGACAAAAUACUUCUCCAUUACUUUGCUCAAACCCUUAAAGUCAGGUGAAGUUGUAACCCUUGAAGUCCUCUACAUACUAACACGAUCUAUAGAACCAUUCCCAACAGAAAUAAGCCAAUCGGAAUCUCAGUUAGUUUAUUACCGUGACAGUGCUAUCAUACUGUCCCCAUAUCAUAUAGAACAGCAGACAACUUUUAUAAGGACUCCAAGUACUAAAGUGGAAUCAUACACAAAUGUGGAGCCUACCAACCGUGCUGGUGUUGAAUUAAAAUAUGGACCGUAUGUUGAUCAGCCUGCACACACAUUUUCUCCCAUUAUUGUGCACUUUGAAAAUAAUAAUCCAUUUGUUGUUGUUGACGAGCUUGUACGAGAGAUUGAAAUCUCACAUUGGGGCAGUAUACAAGUUACUGAGCAUUACAAAUUGGCUCAUGCUGGUGCUCGUUUAAAAGGUUCAUUUUCCAGGGUGGAUUAUCAGUCUAGGCCUUCCGUAAGUGGUGUAGCUUCAUUUAAGCAACUUCUUGCAAGGCUACCUCCUAGAGUUUACUCAGUUUACUACAGAGAUGAUAUAGGAAAUAUCUCAUCAUCGCACUUGCGCUUGGACUCGAAGAAGUCAGAUCUCGAAAUAGAGCCUCGUUAUCCUCUAUUUGGCGGUUGGAAAGCAUCUUUUAUCAUUGGAUAUAGAGUUCCUUUGGAGGAUUUCCUAUAUGAGUCCACUGAUGGCAAACAACGGUAUCUGAACUUCUCUUUUGGAUGCCCUAUGGCAGAGACUGUUGUGAAUAAGCUAACUAUCAAGGUAGCUCUGCCUGAGGGAUCAAAGAAUCCUUCAGUUUCGGCACCGUUUACACUGGAACAGCAUUUGGAGACCACUUAUUCAUAUCUUGAUGUCUUUGGAAGAACUGUUGUGGUUUUGAACAAGAUGAAUGUGGUGCCAGAGCACAAUUCCCCCUUUCAGGUUUACUACGAUUUCAAACCUGCCUUCAUGCUCGUUGAGCCACUGAUCUUGGUAUCCGUAUUCUUCUUGUUUUUCUUGGCUUGUGUUGCAUAUCUUCAUGUGGAUAUUUCCAUCAUGAAAUACAAAACAUCCUGAAAUUUCGAUGACUAUAUGUAACGAAUAUAAUUUAUUCUGUCAAAUUUCGGGAACUUGACUACAAGAGUUAUCUUUAGUUAGUUUAUAUUGUUUUGAACUUAGCUUGGAAUCUUGUAGAAGCUUUACGAAAAGCCUAGAGAAAGAAUUGUAGAAACUAAACAUGAUGACAUUUUAUUUUGUAUGUUGUGUGAUCCUGCUGCAAGCGAGGUCAUAUCAUGCACAAGAAAAGGCUUUAGAAAGAUAUAAGAAUGUUGAAAUACAAAGAA